AUGUUUCUCGACAACCUCCAAGGCCAUGCCUUGAUGUCCAUGAUCACCUUCGCCUCAGGGGCAGGCUUCGCGCUCUUCGGCUACGAUCAAGGAGUUUUCGGGGCCUUCCUUGGCAACGCCAAUUUUAUUGAGACCUUCAACGACCCCGACCCGACACUCCAGGGCCAGAUCACUGCUACUUAUGAUCUCGGCUGCUUCGCUGGAGCUAUAUUUGCCAUGUGGUUUGGUGACAGAAUGGGCCGCAAGUUGACUAUCGCAUGGGGAUGUGCUAUCCUGGUAGUGGGAGCUAUCAUGCAAACAGCUGCAUACCACGUCCCUGUCAUGAUCAUAGGACGUUUCGUCGCUGGUAUCGGAAAUGGCAUGAACACGACUGCGAUCCCCGUCUGGCAAUCCGAAACCGCAGAAGCUCGUCACCGAGGACGGUUCAUGGUUUUGCAAUUGGGACUCAACCAAGUCGGCAACGUCAUGGCCCAAUGGCUCAACUAUGGCAUGUCUCACAUCCCCACCAACCCUGUCUCGUGGAGAUUUCCUCUGGCUUUCCAGUGUUUCUUCGCUAUACUCACUGUCAUGUUCCUGCCUUGGCUCCCCGACUCACCGCGAUGGCUCGCCAUGCGAGGCCGCAACGAGGAGGCGUACACAAUCCUGAAGAGACUUGGCGGUUCGAACAGGUCGGAAGAGCAAACAAAGGAGCUUUACGAUUUGAUGAUGAACAAUCUCCGCCAUGAAGCCGAAAUGCCCAAAUUCGGCCUCAAGUCGCUCUUCAAGAACGAUCGCCUGCAAACGACUCGACGUAUGCUGCUUGGUGCUGGUACUCAAUUCAUGCAGCAAUUUGGAGGCAUCAAUAUCAUCAACUACUAUCUGCCUGUGGUGUUUGCAUCGCUCGGGGUCAACCGAAACCUCUCUCUUAUUCUCGGCGCCUGCAAUGCCAUCAACUUGCUGUGCUCAACCUUAAUUGGAGCCCUGUACAUCGAGUCGUUUGGAAGAAAGAAGAUGAUGGUCUAUGGCGCAGCCGUACAGGCUCUCUGCUUUGCUCUGGUGUCUACUGGUCUGGGCAUCAACACUAAGCAAUGGCAAGCGGUCGCCGUAGCCUUUAUCUUUGGGUACUACACGACCUUUGGACUGUCUUGGAUUGCUGUUCCCUGGCUCUACCCGGCAGAGGUCAACACUCAACAAAUGCGUAUUGCUGGAGCCGGAAUCGCAACAGCUACCAACUGGAUCAGUAACUACGUCGUGGUAUUGGUGACACCCGUCGGGAUCAGCAAUAUCCAGUGGAGGUAUUACUUGAUCUAUGCGGUCUUGAACGCAGCGUUUGUUAUUAUUGUCCAGGUCUUCUAUGUCGAGACUGCCAAGUUAUCACUGGAGGAGAUUGAUAACCUGUUUGAGAGAUGCGUUGCUUUUGAUGCCGAGGAAGCUCGAAAUGAAGGUGCUGAAAAGGACCCGCGGGUCGUCCAUGUGGAUGAUAGCAGCAACAACAACAGCACCAGGGAGUAG